AUGCAGACGACCCUUCGUCACGAGUUCCCGCCAUCGCCAAUCAUUGGAAUCACGUCGCUGCUUGAAGAUGAAGCACUCCAUCAACCAAUGCCAGGUCCAGUCCCGAAAGAGAUGCCAGUCCCAGCCACGCCAGGUCAAGCCGCCAAACGAUGUCAGCCAAGGCCGCCGCCACAGAGAUGCCAGACCAAACCCGCACCACCGAGAUGCCACCCCAGGCCGCCGCCCGCACCGAGAUGCCAGACCAAACCCGCGCCACUGAAAUGCCAGCCUAAUGAGAUGCCAGAUCAGUCCACCGAGAUGACAGACCAAGCCGCCGUCGAUGAGUUGCCCGACCUAGCUGCCCAUGACAUGCCAGACCUAGCUGCCUUUGACUCUGUAUGA